AUGAUUGACGAUACAUUAACAACGGCAACAACAGUUGUUAGUUAUAAUCGACGUUUAUCUAUUGUAACUAUUUCUUUAGCAUCAAUGGCUUUUCUAUUGGUUAUGACAUCAGUAGCCGCUUUUAUUUAUAUUACUCGGAAAGAAAAAAUUCUUCGUAAACUUCAUCUUAUAUCAGUACUAAUUAUUAUACUUGUCGAAAUUGUUGUAUUAAUUGCUGUUAUCAUAUGUUGUAUGACACAAUCGAGAAGCACAUUAGGUCAACUUCUGGCCGCUCUUCUGAUUCUUCUUUCUCUUUUUGCUCUUAUGACAUUGAUCUAUUUUUUACUUGAAGAUAUUAUAAAAGAAAGAGUUGAACCAAAUUCACAUCAUUUCAGUCCAUAUAAAUCCUAUGAAGUACAAGAAAUCAAAUCUAUUAGUCGACAUGAUUCACCCAUACCAAUUUCGGCUGAUGAUACAGCAAUACCAAUUUUUACACCACCUUUACUUAAACCAUUUCCUCGCAUACCAACACCACCUGCUACAACUAUUUCUCCAACACUAGAAAAACCAAUAACUCCAUCAGAAGAAAAAUCAGUAACACCAUCAAUAGAAAAAAUUAUUACUCCACCACUACAUAUACAAAAUAUUUUUUCAUUUCCACAAGCAUCACCUUAUGUUGUCGAUUUUGAUAAAAUUCGUCGAGAUUUAUUAGCAGCUAUUGAAGAACGAACAAUUCCAGCACUUGAAGAAGCUAUUCAACAAGUAAAAGAUCAUAAUUAUUUUCAACAAUUAAAAUAUGAAUGUGAACGAGCUUUAGAAUUAUUAAAUCGUUUAAUGAAAAUUGAACAUAUGAAAAUUAGAGUACUUCGUCUUAAUCAAGCAACAAUAGCUGAAUUACAUAGUUAUACUAAACCACCGGAUGAAGUGUCAACAGUAAUGCGUGCUACGUUUUUACUUCUUGGACAUUCAGAAAAAGAAAUACAAGAAUGGACACAAAUUCAAAAUUUAUUAGGUCGUCUAGGAAAAGAAAGUGUACGUCGUCGAUGUUAUGAACUCAAUCCUCUUCGUAUUACAGUUGAUAAAGCACAUGAAGCAAAAGAUAUAUUAAGAAAUUAUGAUUUAAUACGUGUUAGUGAAAUUUCUGUUGGUUUAGCAGCUUUUUUUAGUUGGGCAGUAACAAUGAUUGAAGAACGAGAAAAAUUAUUAGAAUCACAACGAACAAUUCUACGAUGA